AUGGACACCGCAAACGCCAAUGAAAAUAUUGAUGCAGGCAAGAAUAGUAAUAUUCAAAAUAUGGAUAUAGCUGAAGAAGCCCAAAUUAACCUUAAUUUGAAAAACAAAACACCAAAGCUACCAAUUAGUAAGAUCAAGAAGAUAGCUAAGACUGAUCCAGAGUAUAUGACAACUAGUAAUCUCGCAUACAUUGCUACUGCUAUCACUACUGAAUUAUUUAUCCAGUCAUUUACGGAAAGGACUUUAAGUUUGAAUCAAAUUCGUACAAAGAGCAAGAAUAAAAGACUUGUUUAUGAGGACUUAGCAGAGUGUGUUGUAAAAUAUGAAGAGUUUCAAUUCUUAGGUGAUGUAGUGCCAAGAACAAAAAACUUGAAGUCUUUGGUUAAAGAAAACAAAGUUAGAUAUACUACACAGCAAGUGGAGGAAAUUGACGAUUGA